AUGACCGACGAUUAUAACGACGAGGAGAUAGAGAGCGACGAGGAGUCGAGCGGUGAGUCUGAGAUGGAAACGGAGGGCAACGGGUCUGAAGAGCAGUCAUCGAUGGUUCGGCGGACGUAUAUUCCGACCGCUGUUAACACCGACGAAGAACUGGAUUUCGAUGAAAGCGCUUACCUUUUGUACAGAAAGGCUCAGACAGAGUAUCCGUGUCUUAGCUUUGAUAUCGUUGAGGACCGGUUGGGUUCGGGCGCCGAGAGGGCCGACAACUACCCGCUGUCGACCACAAUAGUGGCCGGAACUCAGUCGGGAAAAGCGGACGGAAAUAAAGUAUUAGUGCUUCGGAUGUCAAACGUUCAUCAAAUCAAACAUAAAGCCGAUAACGAGAGCGACGACAGCGACAGCGAUAGCGACGACGAAGACAAUGAGCCACAACUGGAUUGCAUUCCCGUUGAACACAGGGGUUGUGUGAACCGAAUCCGAAACAUAUCGGUCGACGGCAAGUGUUUGUGCGGCACGUGGUCUGAGUCGGGAACUGUCUAUUUGUGGGAUUUCACGCAAGCCGUGGACGCCGUCGCCGAUAGCGAGCGUCUCAACGAUUUCAUCAAAAACAAGAGUUCAGUGAAACCUAUAUUCAGUUUUAAUGGACACCGAAUAGAAGGCUAUGGUCUGGACUGGUCUUCGCUGAGACCGGGACUCCUGGCGACCGGCGAUUGCAGGAAAAACAUAUUCAUUUGGAAGCCAUCGGAAGGCAGUACUUGGGCUGUGGAUCAGAAAGCACUCGUUGGCCACAAAGAGUCUGUUGAAGACCUCCAAUGGUCGCCGAGCGAAGAGAAUGUGUUGGGCUCUUGUUCUGUGGAUCAGUCGAUCCGAAUUUGGGACAUUCGGGCCAAACAAUUAGACGUGAUUAUUGAAUCAUCAAGUUAA